UGUUUUCUAUUCAUAAAAGCGAAAUGGCUUACGGCUCGACCAACAAGUACGGCCAGCGGCCGCUGCUUUCGCUCUUCUCGUACUACGUCUACCUGCUCACGUUCGUCAUCGUGUGCAUUGCCAUCUACUGGUUUAUCAUCUCGCCUGGCACCCACUUUGACUUUGGCUGGUUCUUGGCAUGCACCUCGCCUUACAUGUGGGGCUCGGUCGGCAUCUCUCUCUGCAUUGCCAUGUCGGUCGUCGGCGCUGCCUGGGGCAUCUUUAUCACUGGCUCGAGCAUUGUCGGCGGUGGUGUCAAGGCUCCCCGCAUCAAGACAAAGAACCUCAUUUCGAUUAUUUUCUGCGAGGCUGUUGCCAUCUACGGUAUCAUCAUGGCCAUCGUUUUCUCAAACAACUACAAGUCCUUCACUGAGACCACCCCCGUCAACUGCCAAUCCGCCGCCGACGUCACCGAUUACAACAACCGCUAUGGCGGCUAUGCUUAUUUCGGCGCAGGCCUGACUGUUGGUCUUUCCAACCUUUUCUGCGGCAUCUGCGUCGGUCUUGUUGGCUCUGGCGCUGCUCUUGCUGAUGCUCAAAACGCUGCCCUUUUCGUCAAGAUUUUGAUUGUCGAGAUUUUCGGCUCUGCCAUCGGCCUUUUCGGCGUUAUCGUUGCAAUUAUUCAGGUCGGCAACGUCAAGAUGGGCAAUUAAGAUUCUCAAGAAUCUUGAUGUCGAUUGAUUCAAUCUUACCAGACUCUCUGUAGCAUGCUCGUCCCGUUUGGCAUGAUUUUUGUGUUUAUGUGUGUUUGUGAUUUUUCUCUAGUUACAUCUGAAAUUUUUUCUCCCC